UGGAGGCGGGCUGUAACCUCCCAGGCUCCUCCUCUGCCGGAUGCUUUUGAACCUCCCGGAAAGACCCUAGUGACACCCGCGGCGCUUGCAGGGUUCAUGGCAGCCUCCGGGAAGCUCAGCGCUCUUCGUCUCCCGCCGUUGCCCACCAUUCGAGAAAUCAUUAAGUUGUUCAGACUGCAAGCAGUGAAGCAGCUGUCCCAGAAUUUUCUCCUGGACUUGAGGCUGACAGAUAAAAUUGUAAGGAAAGCUGGAAAUCUGACAAAUGCCUAUGUUUAUGAAGUGGGCCCUGGGCCGGGAGGAAUCACAAGAUCCAUUCUCAAUGCCAAUGUUGCAGAACUGCUGGUUGUUGAAAAGGACACUCGGUUUAUUCCUGGGUUACAGGAAUCAUGGACAGUGCUCAGGGUGGACACAAAGGUAGAAGUAUUCAGCAAUCUGUGUACAUUGCUCUGGAGUCUCCCCUCUGACUUCUGUGAUGCCUUGUAUUCUUCCUCACCUGGAAAACUGAAAAUUGUUCAUGGAGAUGUGUUGACAUUUAAGGUGGAAAAAUCUUUUCCAGGAAGUCUUAAAAGACCUUGGGAGGAUGAUCCUCCAAAUGUACACAUUAUUGGAAAUCUGCCUUUCAGUGUGUCAACUCCACUGAUUAUCAAAUGGCUUGAAAACAUUUCUAAUAGAAAUGGACCUUUUGUUUAUGGCAGAACUCAGAUGACUUUGACUUUUCAAAAGGAAGUGGCUGAGAGACUUGUAGCCACUACAGGAAGCAAGCAGCGCAGUCGCCUUUCUAUUAUGGCUCAAUACCUCUGCAGUGUCAAGCACAUCUUUACCAUUCCAGGUCAAGCUUUUAUCCCCAAACCAGAGGUGGACGUGGGAGUGGUGCACUUUGUGCCUCUGGUUCAGCCCAAGAUAGAGCAGCCAUUCAAGCUGGUGGAAAAAGUCGUUCAGAACGCAUUUCAAUUCCGAAGGAAAUAUUGCCACCGAGGGCUGAGCAUGUUAUUCCCCGAAGCACAGCGCCUGGAAAGCACGGGGAAGCUGUUACGGUUGGCAGACAUAGAUCCCACUCUUCGGCCCACCCAGCUCUCCAUUUUGCACUUUAGGAGCCUCUGUGACGUAUACAGAAAAAUGUGUGAUGAAGACCCACAGCUUUUUGGCUAUAACUUCAGAGAAGAGCUGAAGCACAAAAAAGACAAACCACUGGAAAGAGAGGAGGAAGAGAGCUGUGGACUCUAGAUGCCGCGUUAGGGGCUCUCUGCUGGACAGGUUGAUGCCACAGUGUGGAGCUGCUUCUGUGUGUGCAUAUCUUUGCAGAAUGACAAGAAAAUACCAAUGACCAGGUGACUUAUGUUCCUUUUACUGUACAGCUUGGUAGAGAAAAUAAAUAUCAAAUAAGAUACAGUACAAGCUUUUAAUAUAUAUACUACAUAGAUAUGACAUGUUUAGUAUAAACAGCCUCUAUUACAACCCUACAAAAAUGAACUACCUGCAUAUUGUACCCCAACCCACAUUAAAAUAAUUUAAAUAUACUUUAAAUAAAGCAAAAACAGCUCAAAGAAAAUGCCCAGAGGAUUAAAAAAAAAAAAAAAAAAAAAAAUGAUCCUUUUGAAAGCUGUUAAUCACAACCUCCCCAUCCUUUUCUCCACAUAACUUACAAUCAGAAUGCAGUUUUCAGGAUUCUAAAUCAUUUUGAUACCUGCUCAAAAGGGAUAUAAACUAAGUCAUGUACAGAUUCUGACAAGUUUAAUCUAGUUUCCUGAUCCACAAUAAAUUAAAAUAACUUAAA